UAUUUCAGUCAUAUGAUAUGGGACAAAUUGGGUCAUCCGGACCCUUUUGCCACUCCUAGAUGGGAUCCCAAUACGUAUUUCAUUGAAGAAAUUCCCCGGAGAGCGCAGAGGAGUAGACGAAACCGGUGGAAUGGAAGAAUACCCGGAGGAGUGGAGGAGUCCUCCGGUGACUCUGGUGGCGCUUGUGGGUUGCCCAGAGCACCACCAUAGCAUCACCACCCACUUCGCCUCCCUCCAGCCACCUAUCAACACCUUGGCCUUGCCCGAUUUCUCCAAGAUCAAUCUUCUACUCUCUUCUUCUGAUAACAACAACAACAACAAGGAAUCAAUUCCCGGCGGGAUCUUGAAGAGGGAUUGGCUGCUCAAGCACCGCUUCAAAGUUCCGGCCGUCGUUGCCGCUCUCUUCUCUUAUCAUCAGCUCUCCGCCGAUCCCUCUCAGUGGCUCGACGUCUGCAGCCAAAUCGAAAAUCUCAAGUCCCUGCUUCGUCCUAAGAACAUCAAAUUGCUUCUUCUUGUCGUUCAGUCUUCCAAAGAUGACAACAGUAUUAGCGAAGAUCGUAUGAUUGCUCUUCAAAAGCGUGCUGAACUGGAUCCGAAGCAUGUCCUCAUAUUAUCCCUUGAUUUGGAUGAUUCUUUCCAACUUCAACAAUCUCUUGAUAGGGUCUCCACCUCCUUUGCUGAAUUGGCUACUGCCUAUUACAGAGAUGAAGGUCGAAGGAUCAAGACCCGCCUCGAAAAAAAGGCCUUUGGUUCCGUCGAGUUUAAUGUUCGCUACUGCUUUAAGGUUGCUGUAUAUGCAGAAUUCGGAAGAGACUGGGUUGAAGCUGUGAGAUUUUAUGAGGAGGCCUACCGCAUACUGCGGGAGAUGAUUGGAACAUCAACAAGGUUACCUGCAACCCAACGCUUAGUUGAGAUAAAAACUGUAGCGGAGCUACUGCAUUUCAAAAUAGCAACUUUGAUGUUGCACAGUGGAAAGGUUAUAGAAGCAGUUACAUGGUUCCGCCAGCACAACACUGCUUAUAAAAGGCUUGUAGGAGCACCAGAAGCCAUUUUUCUUCACUGGGAAUGGAUGAGCAAACAAUUUCUGGUAUUUGCAGAGCUGCUUGAGACUAGCUCUGGAGCCAUUCAAAGCAGUUCUACUCUGGUUUUUGGCAAUGCAGAUAGACCCCUUACGGAGUGGGAAUUUUAUCCUGCCUAUUAUUAUCAGUUGGCUGCUCACUACAUGAAGGAGAAGAGAUUAGCUUUAGAACUUUCAAUUACUAUGUCAGACUUUGGUGAUGAGGCUGAUAGUAGUGUUGAUUCAGUGGUACCGUCAGUUUAUAUUGGCCAGUUUGCUCGAUUACUUGAACACGACAAUUCAAUUGCCACACAACCUCUUACUGACGAAGAGUACAUCCGUUAUGCUGUUGCAGAAGGGAAAAGAUUUCAAGAUUCAUUCGAAAUUGUUGCUCUUCUAAAGAAGUCCUAUGAAUUAUUCAGUAACCUCAAUGCUCAGAGGAUGGCUUCUCUUUGUGGAUUGCAGAUGGCCAGGGAAUAUUUCUCUGUGGGUAAUUUUUGUGACGCUAAACAAAUAUUUGAUACGGUCGCUACUCUUUACAGAAAAGAGGGGUGGGUCACUUUCUUGUGGGAGGUCCUGGGUUACCUGCGAGAGUGCUCAAGGAAACAGGCUGCGAUAAAAGACUUCAUAGAGUAUUCGCUGGAAAUGGCUGCUUUGCCAGUUGCAUCUGAAACCAGUACUCAAUCAUUUAUUUCUAAAGAAUGUGGUCCAGCCGGUCCUGCAAGUCUCCACCAGAGAGAGAGCAUACACAAGGAAAUUUUUGGGCUAGUCACUGGAGAAAUAGGGUCGGCACCCAUUGAAGAAUAUGACGAUCUAAAAUUAACUGGAGAUAACCCAAUCCAUCUUGAGAUUGAUCUUGUCAGUCCCUUAAGAUUGGUACUUCUUGCUUCAGUUGCCUUUCAUCAUCAAAUAAUUAAGCCAGGUGUAGCGACAUCAGUUACAUUCUCACUUUUAUCACAAUUGCCUCUUGACGUGGAGAUUGACCAAAUAGAAGUCCAGUUUAAUCAAUCGAACUGUAACUUCAUCAUCAUAAAUCCUCAAAAGCCUCCACUACCUGCACUGUCUAAAGAUCAACAGGGUUUCCGUGUCGAGCAUGCUGCAUCUCUGGUGCUCACCACCAAUAAAUGGCUACGGUUGACGUAUGCAGUAAAAUCUGAAUGUAGCGGAAAACUUGAAUGCCUAUCUGUGACUGCCAAAGUGGGACCCCAUCUCACAAUCGGUUGCAGAGCUGAAAGUCCCGCUUCAAUGGAUGAUUUACCACUUUGGAAAUUUGAAGACCGUGUGGAUACGUUUCCAACUAAGGAUCGUGCUCUGGCAUUCUAUGGCCAGAAGGCUGCCCAGGUUGAAGAAGCAGACCCACAAGUGGAUCUUAUUUUAGGAGCUUCAGGGCCUGCUUUAGUUGGAGAAUGCUUCUCAGUUCCAGUUUCUGUGGUCUCCAGAGGUCAUGCUGUCCACUCUGGUGAGUUGAAAAUCAAUUUGGUGGAUGUGAGAGGAGGAGGCCUGUUUAGCCCCAGGGAAACAGAAGCGGCCUCUAUGGACAGUCAUCAUGUUGAGCUUCUGGGCAUUAGUGGAUCAGAAGGAGAAGACGAAUCGCAAUUGGGUUUUGAUAAGAUAAAGAAAAUUCAGCAAUCUUUUGGCUUGGUUUCUGUUCCAAGCAUGAAAGAUGGUGAGUCAUGGUCUUGCAAACUGGAAAUCAAGUGGCACCGUCCAAAACCAGUUAUGCUUUUUGUAUCAUUGGGGUAUUCACCGCAUACUGGUGAAUUGACUUCACAAAAAGUCCAUGUCCACAAGAACUUACAAAUUGAAGGAAAGACUCCUGUUUUAAUCAGCCAGCAUUUUAUGCAUCCGUUUCGCCAGAAUCCCUUGUUGCUCUCAAGAAUCAAUCCAGGCCUUGAUUCUGAUCAAUUGGCAUCACUUCCCCUGAAUGAAACUAGUAUACUUGUCGUUUGUGCUAAGAACUGUUGUGGGGUGCCAUUGCAGAUUGAAUCCAUGUCUAUUGAAAAGAAUGAUGAUGGCAUUGAAAAGUCAUGCUCCUUACAAGAUGGAGCUCAAGACUGGCUCCCUGCUCUUCUUGUGCCUGGGGAAGAUUUUAAGAAGGUUUUUGUUCUCAAACCUGAGGUUAAAUCAUCAAAGCUUAGAUUGGGCAUGGUUGAUUUAAAAUGGAGGAGGAGCUCAGGUCUUGGAGGUCAAUCUUGUUCUACAGCCCCAGAGGAUUCGGUUGUGACUAAACAUGAACUCCCUGAUGUAAAUGUGGAGCUAUCUCCAAUUAUUGUGAGUUUCGAGUGUCCUCCUUAUGCCGUUCUUGGAGAUCCAUUCACGUACUUAAUUAAAAUUCGGAAUCAAACGCAGUUGCUUCAAGAGGUCAAGUUUUCAUUGGCAGAUACACAGAGUUCUGUUUUAUCUGGUUCUCACAAUGACACCACAUUUGUUCUUCCGAAAUCUGAGCGAAUCCUUAGUUACAAGACUGUGCCACUUGCCUCUGGGUUGCAACAGUUGCCAAAAGUUUCGUUGACAUCAGUGAGGUAUUCAGCCGGAUUUCAGCCCUCUGAUGUUUCUUCUACUGUGUUUGUCUUUCCUUCCAAGCCUCAUUUCAAGAUUGCUAAUCCAGGAGAGGAAAAAAUAAAAUCCCAAUUGGCGGAGUAAUUUUUGAAUUUAGUCUGUCAAAUUCUUUGCAGCAAAGUACAUGCAGGCACUCAUGGGUGUUUGAGACUGUCAACUGGCAUGUACUGCAUUUCAAACUCGAGUGACUGUUUAAUGACUGAACAUACUUCUCAAGUGGCUACAAGGAUUUAUUACUGCUCUUCUUAGCAGAAAAUUUUCGAAGAUACAUAGUUGAGGACCCUAGAGCUUCUGGAAGGAACAUAUGCCAACCCAUUUCUCUAAUCUCAUAAGUUGCCAAUGCAAGAGCAGUAAGAGCAAAUUUUAUGCAUUUCACGAAGAAUUUUGCUUUCUUGCUGUGAAAGUUCUUAUUGAAACGCGCGUCAUGCAAGAUUCUGUUUUUUUAUUGGGGUGUUGAGGUAUGAGAGUUUUCAUAGAUCCUUGGCAGUCAUGCCUAUGAAGCAUGUAUUAUUAAACGAUGGGAAGAGUAGACACACUGUUGGGACCAGCAAUUAUUUUUAAGAUGUUCGAUAGAGUCUCUUCGUUCAUGGUUUUUUCAUUUGGAUGGUAGGAGUCCUGCUCAUUUCUUCAUUUGUGUUUUGGUGCUUAUUUGUGUAUUAUUCCUCAGUCGACCAAGCAAUGAUUUGAUGAGAAUCCAAUAUUUCCUUUAAGCUUCAUAUA